GCAGUGGCGCGCCGCCAGCCCUCCACGCCGCACGUCUCGGCUCCUCGAACUCGCGAUACAGAUCGAUACUUGCACAGCCCUAGUAUCUAGCUGGCCAUUAACAUGCCCACGUGCAUAACUGACGUUUAUAAGUUAUAACCUGUGACCGAAUAUCGAUAUAAUCGCGCGCGCGUCGACAAUGUAGCCAUAGUGACGCCUGUUGACAGAUUGACAUAUUUACGAUGCCGUCGAUUUUAUUAAAGUUUAUUAAACGUUGAGUGUUGUUAUUGUUAUUAUGACAAUAAAUUUGUUGGUUAAUUAGGUGUUUGUUGCAACGAAGAUGGGAAAUGGAAUGAAUAAGGUGCUUUCCGGGCUGUACGUUGGCAACUAUCGGGACUCAAAGGACCCAGUGCAGCUCGAACGUUACAAGAUCACACACAUUCUGUCCAUACACGACGCGGCUCGCCGGUUACACUCUGAUAAACACUACCUCUGUAUAAUGGCGUCCGACUCUCCAGACCAGAACUUGACUCAAUACUUCGCUCUCUGCAACGACUUCAUCCACGCAGCGCGGCUUAGAGAUGGACACGUACUCAUUCAUUGUUUAGCGGGUAUGUCACGUAGUGUGACAGUGGCGGUAGCGUACAUCAUGUCAGUGACACCUUUAAACUGGCGUGAAGCGCUCAAAGUGGUGCGCGCGGGCCGCGCUGUUGCCAACCCGAACCUCGGGUUCCAGCGUCAACUGCAGGAUUUCGAGACCUACAAACUAGUUGAGGAAAGAAGACGUCUAAAAGAGCGCUACCCGUCCCUCGCGCUCGCUGAUAGCGACCUUUCAGAGUGCCGGGUGAUGCUGGACUCGUAUCAGACAAUGCUGAGCCAGCGCACCAUCUGCGAGGGCAAGUGCUCUAUGGGCCGCCAAUGCCCUACUGGCGUCUGUAGAACCGGGUCGAAGCGGCAGUCGCGGCCCCGCCGACCGUCCACGGCCUCCGGCGACGCGCCGGGCCUCAAACGAUCUCCCUCCACGCUCUCUACUAUGUCUACAACUUCUACAGCCUCGGGUUAUCGGCCGAGGUCCUCGCCCGCGGGGCUGUUUAGCUACACCGGGGCAACACACCGGCCAACCCGCUCCGCCUCCGGUAUCAGCAUAACGCGAGUAACGGACCCCAUAGGCGGCGGCACCACCAUGGCAGUCGGUGGUAACGAAUAUUCGCGUCGGCGAGCCGCCUCCGCGCCAGCCACGCCAGCGUUGUCGCCCGCCUCGUCCCCGCCUGGAUCGCCUCAUCGUGGUCACCAGAGGUCACGCGCAGUGCAGCGGUGCUCGUAGCACGCGGCCCGGGGCCCGCCGAAGUCCCCGCUGCGCCAGGCCUCCGUGGCCCCGAGCUACUACCACAAGGACUGCCCGCCCGCCCGCCAGCGCGCCGACAGCUUCCAGUCUAACUACGUCAACUAAUUUGAUCCAACACGAAAAUGUCGGAUGGUCUAUAUGUAUAAGUGCGCAGAUCUGACGGAUGCGUCGCUAGUGCGCCAUUUGUGAAACAUUUUUAACUGAUCCCGUGCUUCUCGCAACGGUUCGCUAGAUCUAGACGCAUCAUCUUUAAACCCUUUAACCUUUGAACCUAAAUCCUUAAGUUAUAGCUCUGCGGUCUUUAUCCUGAGCCAUAAAUGUUUAAUCAAGAUAUUGUCACUUCUGUAGAGUCACAAAAGCAUUCUUAAUUGGUUCAAAAAUUGAAAGGCGAAUUAACCUCUGCACAAAUUUGAAGUGUACCGAAAAGAUUGUACCAAAUGGUAUUUUGAGUACAAAGUGUCUCGGCAAUUUACGGACAUGAUACGAGUAUAGCCACUGGUUGGUAAGGACUUGAAAUACGAGUCAGCCCUAUUGUCUUAGAGCGAAUGAUGAUUCUGAAAUUGCCUUAGAGCGACGUAAAUGUUAAGUAUUGUGAUUAAUUACCGCUUCUCAACGACAAGUGCU